GUCUGGAUGAACAUUACGAAUGAGCCCCGGGAGCACCCGUCAAACUUCCUUAUCUGCCUCCUUCCCGCCCACCUUCCUUACCCAUCCCGAAGGAACAUCCCGAUGGACGGCAGUCUCCCAUGACAGGAAGACAGGAUGAGAUGCUUGCCUGGUUAACGAUAUCGCCAUAACCAGCAACGCCCGUGGAUGGGAUUAAUGGUGCUCAACGGUCUUGGUUGGUUUCCGCCAACACGAUUGGCCACUUGGUUGCCAUAAGCGGGAACUUACCCAUCUUGGCUCAUCCCAUCGUAUAUAUCGUCACUGCUGACUGGUUCCUUCCAGAUCCCGAACCAUCAAAGUGUAGAGGACCAAGUACGCGAGCGGCGCAUGGGACUCGACAUCGACAAAAGAACGCCUGACGAGCUCCCGCACAAGAACAGAUCACGUGGCGUCUGGGGCUUCCCUCUUGUUUGUUUGCAGGUCAUCGCUAUUUCGAUAGAUCUAGGCAAAGACGACGACAUGAUCCGCUUGCCUGCCAUGCUGGUGGCAAAGUCUUGUCCGGCAGCAUUUUCCAAAGUAGGCCGUGCCAGACGGAUACAUUCCAUGUGGAACUUGCCUUGCGGAUGACUGUGCCUGUUGAUAGGCGAACAUCUCUGCGGCACGGGGGCGUUGUUUGGUUCAUGCUGAAGGAUCAUCAUCCCAUUCGACGGUUCUCUUUUGCUGCAGCGCCGCCGAGGAGCGGACGCUGCCCCUAACAAGUCCUGCUUGUACCCCCGUUCCACCGAUUCAACCAAGAUUGCGAGGCAAAACCGAUUCCAUAAGGCCCAGUGUCCUUCCCCAUCCCUGAACCUCCUUUCCAACCGUUCGGUCGAGCUCCCGUCCCCCCCUGCGUUAGCCGAGACCCAAAGGACGGGGAUGCGUAGGCUGGCGUUCAACAGUCUUGCCUCACGCCACCACCUCCACAGCUCAGAUCUGGAGUUGAUAUAAGAACCACCGAUGCAAGCACAGACGACAAGCAAGGAGGCGGGUUCCUUCGUCGAGUCUGGGGUGCACGGCUCCAGCAUGUCAUCAACCCUUCCAUCGCAAGGGCAGCCGCCUAUCGCCGAGCUCACACUACCACCCAUGCCCAGGAGGCAGUCGUGCGAUCGUUGUCACGAACUCAAGGUCCGCUGUGUCACGGAUGGGCAUGACAACAAUACACUUGGUCUCGGGGUCAUAGGCGAAGAGAGUGAAGCUAGUCGUGGGAGGUCGGUGAUAGCGCCAAUACCUUGUGCAAGGUGCUCCAAGGCAGGGGCGGUUUGCAUUUUCAGUCCCCAGCUCCGGUCCGGCCGUCCAAGGGUACACCGACAUCCGGUUAGGAAAAGAGCGAGGCGGUCAUCCAGGUGUCCAUCUUCACCAGCCGAACUCUCCCCAACUCAUUCCCAGUCCCUAUCACCGAGACCCCCUGCAUUCAACUUCCCGCUACCGGAGACCAGGCCAGGUAUUGAAAGACAAUCACAAUCCCGAACAGCGCCCUUACUUCUGUCGACAACUGCAUCGCCAAACUUUGACAUUGUCUACAGGAGACCCGAUUUGAACACUCCAACAACACUUCUGUCAAACUUUGGGUUGCCAGGACACCAAGGUCAUUUCUCCAAUAGACAGGACCACUUCCAUCCUCUGCCACAUACGGCCGAAGAUUCCAGUAGUGAAUUUGGGCCUUCUUUUUCCGAAAGCAUACUCAGCGCAACCUCAGCGACAACCGACAAUACAUGGAUGUUUUCCGGCUCAGCCGAAAAUCUUCUUGAAGAAGCCACUCAAGCUAACCUCCGCAUCAAUCGCGCUGGAAGCAUGUUGAGUACCCUCACCCGAGCGCUGUUGACAAUAGCUUCACCAGCGAUCAAUGAAAUCUUCGAUGCAGGCUGCUCACUGAUCAGCUUCAUGGACCGUUACGCCGCACGACAAAUGAUAUCACCCCACAUACCCCUGGAAAGGAGGAGAGCCAGUUCGGAUGUGUAUAGAAUACCCCAUGGCGCCAUAGGAAGCUCAGCACCCAUCAGCAAGGCUACCGAUACUGCCAUUUCUCUCAUGGCUCUGGCCUCCCACCAAAUGCUCUUGGGCAUUUUUGAAGAUCUUUGCAGUUCAUUUCUCUCGCAAAUCAACUCGGGUCAGGCAGCCACACCACCCAACACGCCAUCAACGGGGGCCUUCUUUGGCUCAUCGCACAGUCAGAUGCUUGCCAUGACCAACUUGAUCAGCCAUCUCAUGGAGCAGCUAGAUCGUGCUCUGCGAUCACUGGCAGUUGACCAACAAGACGCUCCCGAAGGUUCCGAAGGGCUUAUCGUGGCGGCAUCGGUGGCGGUGGCUUCGACACAUGACGCCGAGUUUGAUCAUGCGCUGGGCUUUGGUCAUCCUCCACCGCCUAGCCAGGCACAUCAAGAACCGGAUUUCGACGGGCAGAAACACAACAGAAGAACGCCACAAACGCUACAGGAAGGUGUAGUCAGCGUAAUCUUCAAUCAGGUGGAGCAGCGGCAAACUCGAGCAAGAGAACAAGUCCUUAUGUUGAGAAGGUUGUUAGGGGGGAGAAGUUGAUGUAUGAUUAUGGCGGUUUGGCAGAUCUGGCAUCUUUUCGUUUCUUGUGUAUCUUGAUCUUUUUGUUUCAAUUGCUUGUACAUUUCACCAACACACACAUGUCGUCAUCCUUAUCCAUAGUAGAUACACUGUUUUGUUAGGACCGUCGUGCCUACACUCCAACGACGAACUGGGGUUGCGAUCGCGGCUCGUUGGGUAUUGUUUGUUUGUUGAUCAAAAGCAUUGAUGCGUCCCGCAGCUCUUUACACAACACCUCUGCCGGCUUCACCGAAUGAGACCUCUCUCUCUCUCUCUCUGGGGAGCCGAUCCCACAACAUCGCGCACCUCAUCAGUGAGGCGGGGGCGCUGGGCACGAGUGACGGAGAGUGGUGGACGGUGAUGCGGUUUGGUGGCGUGGUCAGGGGAGGUUGAGUGGACUGUCUCGUAAAAUAUCCGGAAAGGGGAAAGAAGGGUAAGGCUCAUCCGUGAUGAACAGACCAAUGCGCGGGUGAGGCGAUAAGGAGACCACGUCGUCAUUUUUAUGGAAAAAAGGGUACCAUAGACCUUCUUGUUGAUUGGGGUCGGUCGUUUGGCGUUUUGGUACAGUUUCAUUGAUGAUACUUGAGUGCCGCAGCCCGGCUUUGAUGGGGAUGCAGUUAGUAAGGGGAGAUGAUUGGAGAAAUGCGACACAGGAGAGAAUUUGUCUGUUUCUGUUAUGGCCCCCAAGGAGAGGAGAGGGGGAGGGGUUGGGAGUUGUUGAAUGGUGAGGCAGAUGAUGGGGUGAGUUUGGGAGUGAUAGGAGGCUGAGGUCAGACUGUUUGUUGGCUGGUAGAAAGGCACCACAUGGAGACAAACAACAAGAUUGUUGGGCACUUGCUGAGUCAGGACGAGACGGCAUCAUGAUGUUGGCUGAGGAAGACUUUUUGCUUCAGACUUUUCAACAGCGAAGAUGCAGUAGACCGAGGGGAGAUAAAUGAUUGGUCGCCCUACAGCUGACGUUUGACGGACGGGAAGAUGACUAGGGGCGGGAAGCUGCAGCCU